CUUUUAUUUUUUUAUUUCCUGUUUUCUUGAUUACAGCCGUCCUCCAUUGGGCGUAGUUUGCAACCUCUAAGAACGCGUCUUGAAAUAUGUCUGCAGUGUUUCUUAAUAAUGUCUUUACUCUUGUUUUGAAGUAAUAUCGUUGAAGUUAAUGAAUUAGUAAACAAACUAUCAAAAUGUCAACACUUCUUGGUGGCGAGCUGCCUGUCAACUUGAUCAAUAAAACAUACAUACCAGUCUUAACUUGUUGUAGUAACGGAGAAAUUUCAUUGGAGGAGGCCAUCCAAACUGCGCUAUGUGAAGACAAGGCUCUCUUUGUCGUCGGUCCUGGAGGUUCUGGAAAAACUUCUACGUUAGAGAAACUUUUUAUAAAUGAAACACAAGGCCAGCAAAUUGAGAAAUUCAACCACGUUUUCUACUUUCGAGGUUGUGACAUUAAUUCUCUUGAAGGUCCCAUUUCAUUAGAUGCGUUUUUACAAUGGAGCCAUAUUCCCCAAUCAAGCCCAGUUACAAAUUCUGAAAAUGUUUUGUUUAUUUUUGAUGAUUUAGACAAAUAUAUUCACAAUUUAAAUCUACCAGACACAGAUCUUUGCUCUGACCAAAACCAGAUCACCACUGUGUCUUGUUUAAUUGCCAGUCUCCUUUAUGGAUCUUUAAUGCCAGGUGCAAGUUUUUUAAUAACAACCAAGACCACACCAGAUCUGGACCUUGUGAGUGGAGUCUACCUUGAGAUCUUGGGAUUUCAGAAGGCACAGAGAGAUGCUUAUUUCAAUAAGUUUUUUACAGACCCAGAAGUUGCCAAGGAUGCCCUGCAACAUUUUGAAACAACUUUAGGGUAUUAUGACUUCUCAAGGCUCCCCCAGUUUUGCUGGACAGUUUGUUCUACCUACAGCUUUCUCAUCAAUUCUGGUACUAAGCUUCCUGAUACCCUCACUCAACUUUUUGUACAUAUUUUGGCUCACCUGAUUGAGAAGAUACCGCAAAAAGACACAAAGCAAAGUAUAGUGAUGGCUUUUGGAAAACUAGCAUCCUAUUGUGCAUUAGGUUCACAUGUGGACUUCCAAGAAGACAAACUUGUUGAGUUUGGGUUUCCUUCAGAGUUCUCCCCUAAUGAUUUUUUACAUGGAUAUGGGGGGGCAGGUAAAGUUGUCUAUUCUUGGCAUUCACAGCUAAUCCAAGAAUUUAUUUUAGCUGUUUCUGUCUUUAUUGGUCCAACUUUGGAAAGUGUGGAGAUGUUUUUGGAAAAUCAUAAAAACCAUACAAAAUUUCUAGAUGUUUUUAUGUCUGGUCUUUGUGAGCAAGUUAACCAGAAACCACUGGAAGAUCUACUUGGACCAUUUAACCCAGAGCAGAUUUUGGAUUUUAAAAACUGUCUCAAAAAACUAUGUGAGGAAGCUCUUCCUGGAUUUGACAAAGAGGACCACUGCCACUGCUUUCACCUUCUUUACCAAAUACAAAAUAAAGAUGUGGUGAAAGAUGUCAUAACUCCUUCAGCGAGACUUGGACUCAGUUAUGGAGAUCUCAGCCUGAUGGACUAUGUGGUACUAAACUAUGUGGUGAUGGGGCUUGGAGAGAUGGAGCAGUUGAAUCUAUAUGGGACCUCAUGUUUUACAGAGGAGAUGGCAGAAAUCCUGGCUCCAGCAAUGGCAUUGUCACAUAACAUAAUAUUAAGUCAGUGUUUGUUUGAGAAUGGUGCAGUCUCUCAUUUGGCCUCUGCUCUUCGCAAAGGAAUCACUAAGAACUUGGAUCUGUCCUACAGUUGCCUGAAUGAGAUACAGUUUAAAAGUUUGUGCACUGGACUAAGCAACUGCAACCUGCAAUCACUUAAUCUUUCCAGUUGUAAGCUGACAGAGACAUCAUGUGAAGAUCUGACGCCUGCUUUAUCCUCCACAUCCUCCCGGUUGCGUGUGCUACAACUUUUUGGUAAUCAAAUCAGUGACCAAGGCUUGAAAAGGCUUUGUGGGGCACUGCAAAGUCCACACAACAAAGUACAGGAACUACAAUUGCAGUACUGCCAUGUAACUGCAGCUUCGAUGGAGCACCUCUCGACAGCUUUGAGUUCUGGUUACUCACAACUUCUGAAGAUCAACCUGUCAAGAAAUACAGUAGGAGAUACAGGAGUUCAAGCCCUGUCUAAAGCCCUACAGCAUCCUUUGUGUAAACUGGAGAGUCUCAGCCUUUCAGAUUGUGAGCUGACUGAAGCAUGCUGCCCUAAUCUGAUGGAGGCUUUGAUGUUUAAACACUGUCCUUUGCUUCAACUGGAUUUGUCAGUGAAUACAUUUGGCCAGGAGGGGGCACUGCUGUUGUGUAAUGCCCUCAAAAGACCAGGCUGCCCCAUAGAAAAACUUGACCUGGUGAGAUGUGAGUUAACAGAAGUGGUUUUUGUUGCACUGGCUGCUUUCUUAAAGAGGGGGUCUCCUCCUCUUAAGUGCUUGUCUGUGGGUCUGAAUAAAGUUGGAGAUCAAGGAGUCUAUCAUCUCUGGGAGGCUUUAAGGCAUCCCUCCUGUGUGCUGGAGGAGCUGGAUGUGGAAAUGACUGGUUUGACAGACUCUUGUGUUGAAGACAUGUGUGCCGCUAUAAAAGCCUCAAAGACACUGAAGAAACUUGAAGUACAAAAUAACUCUCUCACUGAUAUCUCUGUACCUGCUCUAGUCAGAGUAAUGCAAGACAGUCCCAACAUGGAAGAACUGAAUGUAAAGUACAAUGAUUUUGGUGAGGAAAUGUUUGAAAUUUUUGAAACAGUUACCAAAAUAAGGUAUUAAAAUGUAGUUCAUGACAGCCUUUUUGUAUAGGAGUUAAAUAUUUACAUGUAUCUCUAUACAUUAAAAUGAAUACAAAAUCUUUGUAUGUACUGCUAAACUGAGUUACAAAUGGGCAUACAUUAUAUUGUAAAACAUAUGCAAUUAUUACAAUUAAAUAAUAGUUCUUACUUCA